GUUUGGCUGGCUCUUCCCCGUCCUGGCUCCGUGGCCGGCGCGUUGUGGGCAACAUGGAGUAGGUGCAGCCGGACCGGGAGUGGGGUCUGUCUUUCCUCCGGCCUCCCUUUCUCUAACCCCGCAGGUUUUCCGUGGGGAACCCGGGAGCUGCCCGCGGGUCUGCCUCGCCUCGGGCUCUGUCUGCCUCGGCGGGGGCUGCAGUGCGCGCCGGGUGCAGUGUCCCCGACCCCACGCGCCCGCGCUCUGGGGGGUUGGGGUGGCGGACGGCUCGCGGCGAGUCGGGUCCCGGCGGUGCACUGGCCGCGAAUUAGGCGCUGAGAGCGGGAGAGGGAGGGAAAACACUUUGUGUUUUCCAGGUCGCCGUUGCAGGCGCCCGCAUUGCUAACCUGUUCCUCUCCGGGGAAGGCACGUCCUGAGAGAGGCUGUCCCGAGGCAGGGGCGCCGGGGUUACCGAGGGAGCGUGGGUAGCUCGCCUCGCGGGGGCAGCUAGACCUCGCGGGUGAAAAAAGGACAGGGUGCCGGGUGGAGGGAGCCUCCGCCUCUGCUCGGUGUGAACACAGGCGAGCACGGAGCCGGGUGGGAGCGUCGCCCUGCCUGGCGCCGCGUCUCUGCGGUUCGGAAGUGCAGCUUUCUCUUUUUUCCGUUCGCCGUGGUCGGCUUGGGUCAUGCUUUUUUUUAUUUUUGGAAGAUUGGGCCGACCCAGCACAGGAAGAAAGUCAUCAAGCGGUCGCGAUCGUUUUCCAUUACCUGAAAGAAUUCAGAUGUGUUCUAAGCCUGCUGGGGUGAGCAUACUUCCAAGACCUGAUGGAGGCCAGAGCUCAGAGUGGCAGCGGAUCGCAGCCCUUGCUGCAGGCAGCCCGUGACGGUGGCAGGCAGCGUGGGGAGCCCGACCCCAGAGACGCCCUCGCCCAGCAGGUACACGUGCUGUCUCUGGAUCAGAUCAGAGCCAUCCGAAACACCAAUGAGUACACAGAGGGGCCUACUGUGGUCCCCAGACCUGGGCUCAAGCCUGCACCUCGCCCCUCCGCUCAGCACAAGCACGAGAGACUCCACGGUCUGCCUGAGCACCGCCAGCCCCCCAGGCCCCAGCACUCACAGGCCCACGCUUCUGCGAGGGCCACUCUGUCCAGGUCCGUCAGCACAGUCAGCUCGGGGUCUCGCAGCAGUACUAGGACAAGUACCAGCAGCAUUUCCUCUGAACAGAGGCUCUUGGGAUCAUCCUUCUCCUCGGGGCCUGUUGCUGAUGGGAUAAUCCGGGUGCAGCCCAAAUCAGAGCUCCAGCCAGGUGAGCUUAAGCCGCUGAGCAAGGAGGAUUUGGGGCUGCACGCCUACAGGUGUGAGGACUGCGGCAAGUGCAAAUGUAAGGAGUGCACCUACCCAAGGCCUCUGCCAUCGGAUUGGAUCUGCCACGAGCAGUGCCUUUGCUCGGCCCAGAACGUGAUCGACUACGGGACCUGCGUGUGCUGUGUGAAAGGCCUCUUCUAUCACUGUUCUAAUGAUGACGAGGACAACUGUGCUGACAACCCGUGUUCCUGCAGCCAGUCUCACUGUUGUACACGGUGGUCGGCCAUGGGCGUCAUGUCCCUCUUUUUGCCUUGUUUAUGGUGUUACCUUCCAGCCAAGGGUUGCCUUAAAUUGUGCCAGGGGUGUUAUGACCGGGUGAACAGGCCUGGAUGCCGUUGUAAAAAUUCAAACACAGUCUGCUGCAAAGUUCCCACUGUCCCACCCAGGAACUUUGAAAAACCAACAUAGCAUCAUUAAUCAGGAAUAUUGCUGUGAUAAGGAUUGUUCCCUUUUUUUUUCUUUCUUUCUUUUUUUUUUUUUAACACAUACAUAUGCAACCAACUAAACAGUUAGAAAUCUUGGCACUGUUGAUAGAGGGUUGGGAUAUCCUUUGCUGUUUGCAGCGAAAUGCUUUUUGUCCAUGUGCCAUUUUACGCGUGUUAGAAUUCAGCUAAUGGAGCUCAGAGUAUGUGAUGCAGAUCUUGGCAACCUACAUGUUGCAUAAGCUAAAGCAACAGACACUCCUAGGCAAAGUUUUUGUUUGUGAAUAGUACUUGCAAAAUUUGUAAAUUAGCAAAUGACUUUUUUUUCCCCAUUGUUUUCUCCAGAGAUAAUGUGCUAUAUUUUUGUAUAUACAAUAAUAUUUGCAACUGUGAAAAACAAGUUGUGCCAUACUAUAUGGCACAGUCACAAAAUAUUAUACUAAUAUGUUGUACAUUCGGAAGAAUGUGAAUCAAUCAGUAUGUUUUUAGAUUGUAUUUUGCCUUACAGAAAGCCUUUAUUGUAAGACUCUGAUUUCCCUUUGGACUUCAUGUAUAUUGUACAGUUACAGUAAAAUUCUACCUUUAUUUUCUAAUUUUUUCAACAUAUUGUUUAGUGUAAAGAAUAUUUAUUUGAAGUUUUAUUAUUUUAUAAAGAAGAAUAUUUAUUUUAAGAGGCAUCUUACAAAUUUUGCCCCUUUUAUGAGGAUGGGAUAGUUGCUGCAAAUGAGGGGUUACAGAUGCAUAUGUUCAAUAUAAAAUAGAAAAUAUAUUAACGUUUGAAAUUAAACUGAGCUGGAUUGUCUUAUUUUACCUUUUCUUUUGUUUUUUGAAGUGAAAAACCAUUUUAUGUCAAGGAUAGCACUUCAGUGAAAUUGUUUCACUUAUCUAUGAGAUUAUCUUACGGUUGCUGCUUUAAAGUAGAGUGGAGAUUUGGUGAUUUUCAGAGAUAACUCUAGCCAUCAGGAGAGAAAUAGCUGAGCGCCUGACUCAAUAGUAUAAAUCAUAUGAGGGCUCAUUUUCGGCUCCUGUUUUACUGAUUUGCAGACUAGCCUUUGUUUUGCAGGUUUAAAAAAAAAAAGUCUUAUUCAUUCAGGAGACUUCCCUAAAAGAUGAACCAUUAGACUUUUUCUUUAUAUACAAUAUUAAGAAUGAAUGUCAUAAGGCUAAUUCAAGACCAGAGAAAUGAGUUCAUUUCAACAAAUAUUUAUUGACUGUCCUCUGUGUGUCAGGCACGCAGUAUACACAGAUCAAUGCUUAUAAUUGAGGCAAAAAUGUUUUCUUGACUUAGCAGAUCAUGGCUCUGUUUUUUCUAGUCUCUUUGCUUUUAGACUCUUAAGUUUAUCACCAUGACACCAAGUUCCUUAUGUUAGAAAAGACAUGGAAAACAUAACUUGUUUUGGUUCAGGCACUGGGUAUCAUGAAAUUUCAUCCUGUCUUGGUCUAAUAAUUCAAGCACAAGCAGGCCAACUUGAGAGGCCCUGUUGUAUUUAUUUAAUCAAAUUAUCCAGAAAAUUGUUAAAUUUUACACUGGGAAAAGAUGCAGAAUGGCAAAAAAGUCAGUGUUUGCGGUUAUGCAAACACAGCAAGCUGCUAAAAGCCCAUCUUGACAAAUAUUGGGUUUUCUUACUUGUAAUAAGUCACUUGAUUAAUUAGUCACUUUAUGGCUGAUUUUUUUUUUUUUCCCAAAGCACAACCUUUUGCUGCCAAGAAUCACCGGAAGUCUAGGAAAUGAUUUACCUGACAUUAUUGUUUAAUCUCUCGUUUCCUGUUCUAAGGCUCCUUCUCUUAGGUUAAGAGCUCUUAGUACAGGCUGUCUUCUGUUUUGUUUUUUGAAAUUGGCUUUCAAGAAACUAUAUAGCCUCCUAAACCAAGACAUUGCUAUAAGGACCUUCAGUUUCCUCUAAGCUUUCUCCAAAAAAAACCCCCCAAAAAACACAAGGGUAAAUCAAUUUAGAAAUUACUCUUAAGUUUCAACUCUGGGAUACUGAAUGUUGCAAUUCUAAUACUCAUAUCUAGCCAUUAUGGUCUAAGAGGAAUUAAAAUAUUGAAAAAAAAUAGGACAGGGUUUCUUAUUCAUCACAUAGUUUUCAGGAUUUGUAAAGCACAAAAAUUUUGACUCCCGGUUUCUGACUGUGUAUCAGAAACUGCCAUGCGCACUGAGAACUGUUUUGUGUAGAAAUUGUGAGAGGCCUUUUUUUUUUUAAACCACAUGAGCAGCUUUCAAAGUGUUAUAUAGACAAAUUGAAUCAGGUGCAAUUCGGUGUUUAUUGAAGAUGUAGAAUAAAGACCUCUUUCCAUGG